AUGUCUCCGAUGCCUCCGGGAUUUGGUUCUACGGGGGACCAAAAUCCGCCGGUCCCUCCAGGGCCUGGAUGUACAGGACGCCAAAUGUCUCCGAUGCCUCCGGGAUUUGGUUCUACGGGAGACCAAAAUACGCCGGUCCCUCCAGGGCUUGGAUGUACAGGACGCCAAAUGUCUCCGAUGCCUCCGGGAUUUGGUUCUACGGGGGACCAAAAUCCGCCGGUCCCUCCAGGGCCUGGAUGUACAGGACGCCAAAUGUCUCCGAUGCCUCCGGAAUUUGGUUCUACGGGGGACCAAAAUCCGCCGGUCCCUCCAGGGCCUGGAUGUACAGGACGCCAAAUGUCUCCGAUGCCUCCGGGAUUUGGUUCUACGGGAGACCAAAAUCCGCCGGUCCCUCCAGGGCCUGGAUGUACAGGACGCCAAAUGUCUCCGAUGCCUCCGGGAUUUGGUUCUACGGGGGACCAAAAUCCGCCGGUCCCUCCAGGGCCUGGGUGUACAGGACGCCAAAUGUCUCCGAUGCCUCCGGGAUUUGGUUCUACGGGAGACCAAAAUCCGCCGGUCCCUCCAGAGCCUGGAUGUACAGGACGCCAAAUGUCUCCGAUGCCUCCGGGAUUUGGUUCUACGGGGGACCAAAAUCCGCCGGUCCCUCCAGGGCCUGGAUGUACAGGACGCCAAAUGUCUCCGAUGCCUCCGGGAUUUGGUUCUACGGGAGACCAAAAUCCGCCGGUCCCUCCAGGGCCUGGAUGUACAGAACGCCAAAUGUCUCCGAUGCCUCCGGGAUUUGGUUCUACGGGGGACCAAAAUCCGCCGGUCCCUCCAGGGCCUGGAUGUACAGGACGCCAAAUGUCUCCGAUGCCUCCGGGAUUUGGUUCUAUGGGAGACCAAAAUCCGCCGGUCCCUCCAGGGCCUGGAUGUACAGGACGCCAAAUGUCUCCGAUGCCUCCGGGAUUUGGUUCUACGGGGGACCAAAAUCCGCCGGUCCCUCCAGGGCUUGGAUGUACAGGACGCCAAAUGGCUCCGGUGCCUUCUGGAUUUGGUUCUACAGAAGGCCAAAAUCCACUGGUCCCUCCAGGGCUUGGAUGUACAGCACGCCAAAUACCUCUGGUGCCUCCUGGAUUUGGUUCUACAGGAGACCAAAAUCCACCGGUCCCUCCAGGGCUUGGAUAUACAGGACGCCAAAUGCCACCGGUGCUUCCAGGAUUUUGUUCUAUAGGACACCUAAGUUCACCGGUUCCUACAGGGGUUGGUAGUACAGGACGCCAAAUGCCACUGGUCCCUCCAAGGCUUGGUUCUCCAGGAGACCGAAAUCCAAAAGUCCCUCCAGGACUUGAUCCGUAUCGUAUAAGUCUUGCUGUAGAUCUGCGUAUCCAUGGUGGUGGUGAUUCAGCGAAGAGAAAUGGAAAACACCACAUCUUGUCACGAUACGAGUUCUCAGUCGAACAGUCCAAUAGUGGAAAACCUCUCAUCCUCUACAACAAAUAUAGAGAGAGCCAUUGCUUAAAAAUGGGGAAAGAGUCUGGCGAUGUCUGGGUGAAAAAUGUGGAGCGACGGCGAGGACCAAUGCCAACAAUCAACAACAUCAAACAUCACGGGCCCCGCCCGAUCACCAUAAGGACCUUAUCCUUGUCGCCUCCACCCACCCGGUCUACGGCGUCUUCCGCGGCAACCGUUUGCGCCUCGACCCCUGAUUCCUAG